UCGAUAAGCUGCUAUGCUUUGUGAAUCUGCAGAAUGUGGGGAUGGGAGGCAGCAUCUCUCAAAAUGAUCUGAACAUCAACUUCUUGGGUAUUUCUCAGACUUAGGGCUUCCCAGAACACUCUUUGGGAAAUGGUAAAGUUUAACUGCCUUUAUGGAACAAAAUGGGAAACCCGGGUCAGAAAGGGGAAGGCAAUCUGUCCAGUUCACAGAACAUAGCAGAUUCUGAGUAGAAGGAGGAAAACCAAUUUUAGUUGGUUCCCUUUGGAGAGAUUGGCUUGGGGAAAGGUGGUCACCACUCAGUCCUGAUCUUUCUAGAACUGACUCUAGGAUCUUUCUUUUUUCUUUGGAAAGUCUCAUGCUCCUAUAAAAGGGAUUGAUUAAUUGAUUCACCCAUAGAACAGAUGUGCACUGAGGACCUUCCAUGUGCAAGGCAUUGACCUAGGCAUUCUGAGAGAGAAAUAUAACAUCACAUUAUCCUUAUACAUUAAAUUAAGUCGUGGUAUCUGUGCCUUCCCAUUGUCCUAAAAUAGACACAUACUCUGUCACAGUUAAUUAAGCAAAAUUUUUUUGAUUGCUUGGAAAUGGAAUGAUGUCUCUUGAGAUGGCAGAGCCUCUCAGUACGUCCCAGCACUAGAGUUGGGAGCACUGCCAUGUUCCUCCUGUUUUUCAGAGCUCCCAGAGGCGCCAGUGGGCCAGAGGCUGUGCUAUUUAUCCUCUUCCUCAGUCAGGCCUCUAAGCUGCUUGUCCCCAGUCAGGAGCCCCUGCCACCUGAAAAGUUGCUGCAGCCCAGAGGUGCACUCCCCGCAAACCAGCCCCAGAAUGGCACUGCCUCCCAGCCCCCUGGCUAUGGAAUAUGUCAAUGACUUUGACUUGAUGAAGUUUGAGGUAAAACGGGAACCUGCUGAGGGGCGAUCUGGCCCCCCAACAGCUUCGCUGGGCUCCACACCUUACAGCUCAGUGCCUCCUUCACCCACCUUCAGUGAGCCAGGCAUGGCGGGAGCGACUGAGGGCCCCCGGCCAGGCCUGGAGGAGCUGUACUGGCUGGCCACCCUGCAGCAGCAGCUGGGAACUGGGGAGGCACUGGGGCUGAGUCCCGAGGAGGCUGCGGAGCUGCUGCAGGGUCAGGGUCCAGUCCCCAUCGAGGGGCCCCACGGCUACUACCCAGGGAGCCCCGAGGGGACGGAAGCCCAGCAUACACAGCUGGCCGAGCGGUUCUCGGACGCGGCGCUGGUGUCGAUGUCUGUGCGGGAGCUCAACCGGCAGCUGCGGGGCUGCGGGCGCGACGAGGCGCUGCGGCUGAAGCAGAGGCGCCGCACGCUGAAGAACCGCGGUUACGCGCAGGCCUGUCGCUCCAAGCGGCUGCAGCAGCGGCGCGGGCUGGAGGCCGAGCGCGCCCGCCUGGCCGCCCAGCUGGACGCGCUGCGGGCCGAGGUGGCCCGCCUGGCCAGGGAGCGCGACCUCUACAAGGCUCGCUGUGACCGGCUGACCUCGAGCGGCCCCGGGGCCGGGGACCACGCCCACUUCUUCCUCUGA